AUGUUUCUAACAAGCCUUAGCGGAGGAGCCAUCUAUGUUUCACACGCAAAUACCCUCGACUUCAGAAAGCUGCCUUUUCUAUUUGUAGAAAGCCCAGUUGCAGUGGGUUAUGACGUCAUUGGCAAGGACGUUUAUUGGACAGACGUAGAAAGGAAGAUUUUGAGUGCAGCUCAAAUGGACGGGUCUAAUCAAAGAAUAGUUGCACAAGGACUAGGAGUUCCUGAUGGUUUAUUUGUCGACAGCGAAAACGGAGUUAUUUUCUGGACGGAUGCGGAUUUAAAAACCAUCGAAACUAUUAAUUUUGACGGAUCCAACCAGAGAGUAUUGAUGAACGAUCUGGACAAGCCGAGGGGUAUCAUAGUUGUUCCGACCAAUGGUAAGCUUUAUUGGACCGACUGGGGUGCCACACCUAAGAUUGAGAUGUCCGAUCGGGACGGAUCGGAUCGUCAGGUGAUCAUAGAUACGGAGAUCGGCUGGCCUAAUGGUAUCACCUAUGAUAUUGAAGGAAAUCGUUUAAUAUGGUGUGACGCUCUCCUCGACAAGAUUGAAACGAGCGACCUCGAUGGCAGUCUGAGGAGGACCCUCCUCGGUGUCACCCACGGUGUCCUCCAUCCAUUUGGUGUUGUGGUCUAUGAGGGGACACUGAUGUGGAGUGACUGGGUCAUGUACGGUGUCGGGAUAAUGGAGGGUCAGAACCAUACCUGGCCAUCUCUUUAUACGAGUAUUUUUAUUAUCCAACAACCAAGUGGCUUCUAUAUCGUAGUUGAUGCCUGUACUUCUAAGCCUUGCCAGUUCGGAACAUGCCACCUGUUUAAUGCGUCUGAUUAUGUGUGCCAUUGCAUGACUGGCUAUACUGGAAAAAACUGUGAUACAGAUGUCACAUGUGGUUUACCGACUGAACUCCCAAAUAGUCAUAUUUCUAAUCCGAAAGAUGUUUAUAUUCCCGGAGAGAUCGUCGUCAUCGUAUGCAAUAUCAGUACGACCAACGGGACUCCAAGAACAACAUGGAUUUGCAAUGGAACUACGGGAAAAUGGGAUAUUAGCGAAGAUCUUAAGUGUCCAGACGUCACAUGCAGUUUACCGACUGAACUCCCAAAUAGUCACAUUUCUAAUCCGAAAGAUGUUUAUAGUCCCGACGAGAGUGUCGUCAUCGUAUGCAAUAUCAGUACGACCAGCGAGGCUCCAAGAACAACUUGGAUUUGCAAUGGCACUACAGGAGAAUGGGACAUUAGCGAAGAUCUGAAGUGUCCAGGUAUAUGGGAAUAG